AUGGAAGAAACCCCCCCAAUAUCAUCUUCUGGAGUGUUUCCUCUUGUACAAAUUGAUAAUCGCUCUUUCUCCCUUCUAUACAAUGCCUCAGGAGGCCCGAAGUCGCACGUCUUGACUGACUUUGGGGGCCGCAGGGAAUAUGUUACAGUUGAAGCUCCAGCUGCAGAAACUUCUACAUUAAAUACCUGCACCAUUCAGUCAUCACCCGCUGACAAACAUAACCGCAGGAAAAAGAGAAAUGCAGCAGCAGCAGCAGGAGCAGCAGCGCCAGCAGCAAGUAGAACACUUGAAGAUCCACAGACAUGCGCUGCAAGAGAACUCAUUGAAGAAACAGGGGGCCUCUGGGGCCUCUGGAAUAUUCUGCAGCAGCCUCUUCUAUCGAAUGAACCUCACCCAGACGCACGCAUACGCGUAGAACAACGGCUGCAGCAGCUGCUGCAGCAGCAGCAGCUGCAGCAGCAGCAGGUGCAGCGGCAGCAGCAGGAAGAUGUGUGUGCUUCAUUUUCUCGGCUUCGUUUAACAGGUGGAAGCGGCAUUAAGCAGCAAAAUGUAUCUGCUGCAGUUGCAGCUGCGGCGCAGCUUUUAAAAGAGUGUAAGAAGGUUGGCGAGGUGUACAAAGAGCGCUAUCUUUCUUCUUACUUUCUCUUCCCUUCUUUACCUUGCUCUCUCUUCGCUAACUUGAGAGCAGAAGAAGAUAAAGUACUAUCAAGAGACCGCAGAUUUUUUCUUUUGGAUUUAGCCAGUUGUGGGGUGUACGUACACCCCAAAGAGGAAGAGACAAAAGAAGAAAACUUCAAUAAAAAGACAGAAAGGCUCUGCCCGUUCGCACCUCUUCAUAUCCGUCUGUCUUCUCCUCAACAUUUCGAUUUGCUUAAACGCCUCGUUCACUUAGCACCACACAACAACAAACCUGCUGCUGCUGCUGCUGGUGCUGCUCCCGCUGCUGCUGCUGGUGCUGCUCCCGCUGCUGCUGCUGCUGCACCCGCUGCUGCUGCUGCUGCUGAUCAUGAUGAGGCUGUUGAUGGGCGUCAGGCUGCAGCAGCAGCAGCAGGGGGCAGAGAGGAAGCAACAGCAGCAGCAGAGCCUCCCACAGCAGCAACUGCUGCCGCUGCUGCAGAACCACCAGCAGCAGCAGCAGCAGAAACUGCUGCUGCUGCUGCUGAUGUUGGAAUUGAGAAAGCAGAUCAGUUGUGGCCUACCGCGGGAACAAGCAGCAGCAUCAGCACCAGCAGCAGCAUCAGCAUCAGCAGCAACAGCAGCAGCAGCAGCAGCAGCAGCAGCGAUAAGGAGCUGGGGGAUUUGCUGCUGCAGCUGCUGCUUCCUAGACAUUACCGUACGCUGCAGCAGGAGGAGCAGCUCAAGGAGUAUCUGCGCAUGCACUGUAAUGGAUUAAUGAAGAGAUGCAAAGCCGAGCACAAACAAAACUCGAAAAGUCGUGGGUUCUGUGGGAUUGGUGCUGCUGUGCAUGCGCUGCUGCAGACUUCUUUAUGGUAA